AUUAAAGGCUGAAAAUGUGAUUGUGUUGCUGUUCUUAAGUUGCUCGCUUCAACUCUGGUCUCACCAUGCUGACCCACUGUGACCUGGUGAUACUCGUAGUACUUGCACUGAGUGGCCAAGGUCAUACAGGGAAAAUAUAUGGAGGUCACGAGGCUGCGGCACAUAGCAGACCUUACAUGGUGCAUUUGGAGAGGAUGGUGGAAAAUGGUAAAACAGUGCACUGUGGAGGUUUCCUUCUCAGGGAGGAUUUCGUGAUGACUGCAGCCCACUGUAACGCCAGGUCCUACACAGUCUUACUGGGACUUCACAAUUAUCAUAACCGACAAAAUGCACAGAAAAUACUUGUGGAAAAAGCCUUUCUACACCCAGAUUACGAUAGCAUGGAUUACAAACAUGACUUAAUGCUACUGAAGUUAAGCUCCAAUGCAACAUUCAACAACAAUGUGAAAUCAAUUGAUCUCGCAGACAAAGAGGAUUCCUCUCCUGAAUCAUGCAUAACCUGUGGUUGGGGAAAUUUCAACUGUGAAAAACGCCUGUCUCCUACACUCAGAGAGGUCAACGUGACUCUACUUAACUCCACGUCAUGCAAAAAGGAUCACUCUUACUGUUCUGACGGACCAAAGGGACCUGGCGUUGGAGACUCUGGUGGUCCACUGGUCUGUGAAAAGGGAAAGGCUUAUGGGGUGGUGUCUGCCGCCUAUGUGCAGACCUCAGAGGGCCUGAAUGUGUAUCAUUAUGCCAAGAUUCCUGACUACAGAGACUGGAUUGACUGCAUCAUGGAAAACAACUGAGAGCUUCAGUAACAUGUGAAAUAUGUUUGGGAAAGGCACAACAUUUUAAUGAGAAUUACUUGAGCUCCUUUGAACAGUUAGAGCAUUAACCCAUAAGGACCCUGUGUUACUUUUAUGGCAGUUCCCAAAUGAAUUUUUCUCAAUAUUUAACCUUCUUUAAGUGAUUUAUUACCAUUUAUUGUAAUAUUACCUUCUGUAUUUUCUGUU